AUGUCGUACCCUCCGCCUCCAGGUCUAAACACCGCUCAGCCUCCUGCGUCGCUUCCUGCGCGACCGCCACCUUCAGCGUUUAGUGCGGGACCGGCGUUCAAACCAGCUACGAACAGCGUAACGAAACCUGCGAUCACAGCGUUUGCGCCGAGGUCGGUCGCGAACACCUAUCGCACGAGCAGCCCAGCACAAUUUCCUACUCCUCCUGCAGCGACUUAUACCUUGGGAGCGCCAUAUCAACCGCCGGGAGCGCAGUCUCAAUAUGACUCUGCAUACUCCAGUGCUCCCCAAAUCCGCAAUCCCUUCGUCGCGACGUCCGAUGCUGCCUCGUCUGCAAAUGCAUAUGCUGAUUACGACGCCGAAUACGAAGCUCAAAUACAGCAAUGGCAAUCCACCUACAUGAACAACAAUGCUGGUAAUGCCACUAACACAAAGCCUACGGCGGGGUCGCAUAACAUUUCGCCCUCGGUCGCAACCACGUCCACGUCCCAGAAAGAUCCCACAACAUAUAGCAAGGAUGCCACGCCCAAGACAGUUCUCCGUAGCGGCGGUGGGUCAACGUGGACCGACCCAACACUUCUGGAGUGGGACCCCGCUCACUUCCGCAUCUUCGUCGGCAACCUCGCGGGUGAAACGACUGAUGACUCUUUGCUCAAGGCCUUUGCGCAGUACCCCUCGGUACAAAAGGCCCGCGUCAUCCGCGACAAACGAACCACAAAAUCAAAAGGCUACGGGUUCGUAAGUUUUGCUGAUGGAGAUGAUUACUUCCGGGCUGCAAGGGAUAUGGCUGGCAAAUAUAUAGGCAGCCACCCCGUUACAAUCAAGAAGGCGAAUACGGACGUGCGCCCCACGACAGUGAAACAGAACAACAAAGGCAAGAGUGCUGGCGGACAUGGAAAGGUGCAGAACGAUGGAGUGCAGAAGAAGCAGCCGAAGACGAAAGGCGGACUGAAGGUCCUCGGCUGA